AUGCCUGCAAGCGGAAUGGAUUUCUACCCCAUGCAUGAUGCCAAAAACAAUUUUGACGCUAUACGGCCAGCGCCUAUUUGCAGUGAAGCAAAUUAUUUUAUGGGUCAAUGUCGAAAUAUUCACAUAUCAACAAACUUCUACUAUGGCUACCAUGAACCAAGUAAUCGAUCGGAACCUAUGCAAGACAAUGUGGAUUCUGAGAUGCUCGAAGUUUCUAAUAAUCCAGUGCCGUCGAAGUCAUCGCUAAAUUUAAUUGAAGGCAAUACAAGGAAGCGGAGUGCCGUUGAUAGCGGAAACCCGCGCUGCAAACGACAUCGCCAAGAGGUAACGGUGCCACCGACUUCCACCUACAAUCCAUGUUUACUGCGCCCAACUCACAACAAUCCAGACAUUUCUCGUUGUCUCAUGGUCCAUAUGUUAUAG